UAAUGUCCGGUUUAUGUAUAGAUAUAUUCUGGGUUGGGACCCAUCUUUCCCACACCUCACAAUUAUCUUAGAAGGUCUUAUCGAAACCGCACUGUAUCGGGACAAACUCCACUAUCACGACCGCACGCCUCUUUUACGCCAUGUCACCCACUUGAAGCACAGACAGAACGGCCAAGUCCAACAAUUUGCAAUCACCAUCCCAGAGAGAGUGCAAGAAGGCCUUUCUCUCCUCAACAGAUAUUCACACUCCAACAACUGGACACACGACUGGUCCUUGCAACCCCCCUUCGAGCACACACCGAACCACCCUCUCCCACCAAGCAUUACCGUACCACGCCUAACCUCUACAAAACUGGCCACAUCAUACUCCAAAGCCUCAUACAAGAUAACAUACACCCUGACCGCUGUGCUAUCUCCAAACAGCAGCUCUCCUCUAGCAUCUUCUCCACCCUCGCAACCCCCUCAACAAACCACCCAACUCCCCCUAACUCUCACAACUCUCCGCCUACCUCAAUCAAAACUUACUCUCCUCAAACAAGCCCUCAACACCCUCUCAACACCCCUCUCAGUUCAAACGACCCAACUCCUAAAACCCAAACGCCUUUCUCUCCUCGAACAACUCCGCGACUCCUUCCCAACAACCUCCACCCCGACCUUCCACUUCCGCGCCACCCUCUCCCUCCCCACUCUUGCAACACCCGGCGCACCACUCCCCCUUGCCAUCCGCGUCGCCGUCCUACCACCCCCACCAGGCAGCCACGCGUACACCUUCGCGAUCCCAGACAUCACCGUCACACGAGUCGACGUCAGAACGGACAAUUACCCUCAACGACAUUCCACAAAACCGUUCUUCGAACUUCUCACGCCCUUCCUGCUACCGCGCGGUUCUGCCCUAAGGAGGGCGACUUCGAGGGCCAGCAGUGUGUGGUUAAACAUGUGAU